ACCAUCGAGCCAGGGUCCCGUUGUGGCUGUUGCGAAAUGUGCAUGUCGGGCUGCUACAACCUGUGCGAGGAGUCCACCUGCUACAUGGCUGAGAGUGUGGAGGCGGCUGCCUCGCCAAGUACUGCAAGACCAAGGCUCAUCUUGUGCACAAACUGCCGGACUGUGUGUGUGACGAGGAUGGCGCCAUGGUGCAGCCGCUGUCCAUGGCCCUGCACGCCUGCAACCGCGCCGAGGUGUCCGCUGGAUCGCAUGUACUUGUGUCGGGCGCCGGCUGCAUGGGCCUGCUGUGCGUGGGCGUCGCCAAAGCCAUGGGGGCCACCAAAAUUAUGGUCAUGGACGAAAAUGAAGAACUCUUGAAAAAAGCAUGCGAGAUGGGCGCUGACUGCACCAUGGUACUGAACUGCGACACAGACGCUGCGAGCCUGGCCAAGAAAGUGGAGGAGGAUAUGGGUUGCUGCCCGAGUGUCUCUUUCGAGUGCACAUGCACCCAGAAGGGCAUGAACAACUGCAUCCACGCGACCAAUGCGUGCGGGACGAUCAUGCAAGUAGGAGCCUGUAGCGAGGAGGUCACGCUGCCUCUGUACCUCGCCACCUCAAACGAGAUUGAUAUCAAGGGCAUUUGCUGCUCAGCUAAUUGCUUCCCGACCGCCAUUGAGAUGAUCGAGAACGACAUGGUGUGCGUCAAUAAACUCAUCUCCAAGUGCUGCGAUUUCGAUCACUACCAGGAUGCUUUCGACUUCCUCCACAACAAUGACGACUGCAUCUGCUGUGUCGUGUCCUGUUGCUAGACAUACUACGACUGCGAGGCAAGGAGGCUGUCUACUGCUGCUCUUGCUGCUUCCAAGGCACACCUGUAGACUCCAUAAAGACUGCAGCCGCUUAAAAAGAGGAAUGAUUCGUCACAAAUGUUUAUCCUUCUCCGUAAUGUAUCGCAGCGAGUGCUUGAUGGGAUUUAGUCACAAGAGAAGUGAUAGGGCAUGUUCCUUCUUUCUCCUUUCUUGCAUGAAAAGUUUGUUUUGAUGCGUUUCUUUCCUUUUACAUUUUUCCUUUUUUUUUUUUUUUUGCUACUGCUUCGUCUGUUUCAUUUUUUGUUGUUCCUUCUA